GAGGAGAGGGAGGAGGAUCAGGGGGUGGCAGCCAGCAGCAUCUGAGCCCUGACUAAACUAGUGAGUGAAGUGCCUGGGCUGUGACAUGACGCACACCUCGCCCGAGCCUCUAUACUGGAGGGCCCCGAGACAUACAGCGCUCCUGGCCAUGCCGCGCUCUCAGGCUGCUGUGGUGUCCCGGGCGUACUAAUACAGCAGGGCGGUCUUCGGUGCGUGGUUAUGUGAGGAGGCAGCGUUGCUCUCCAGCUAGCCGGUGGAUAUGAUCCUGCAUUUAUUUUUUCUUUUACCCCACAACGCGGACGAUUUCCUGGCACAGAGCUCCCUGGAUGGUAGCUGAUAGUCGGUGCUAUUUGCAGUCCGCAUACACUGCACCUGCGACCGGCGGGGAGGGCGCCCUGGCCUGGGAUGCACAUACAAGUUUCGGGCUCUGGCUGCAUACACAUGCCCUUACCCCCAGGACAUGAUUAUGUCCAGUGAUCGCUAUAACAGCACAACAUUGAACGAAGCUGGAUUAAAAGAUCUAUUCCUGGUAAAAGCUGAAUUAGAGUUUGUCCAGAUAAUCAUCAUAAUCGUGGUUAUAACAGUGAUGGUGGUGGUCAUAGUCUGUCUACUAAAUCAUUAUAAGCUCUCAACGUGGUCCUUCAUUAACAGACAAAGCCAAAGCAGACGGCAGGAAGAGGCUUUACAGCCGGAAGGGUGUUUGUGGCCAUCAGAGAACUUAGUGUCACGUCAAGGUGCUUCAGAGAUCAUGUAUGCGCCAAGGUCCAGGGACAGAUUCACUGCUCCUUCCUUUAUGCAGAGAGAUCAUUUCAGCCGCUUCCAGCCAACAUACCCUUACAUACAACAUGAAAUUGACCUUCCUCCCACAAUCUCCCUAUCUGAUGGAGAGGAGCCACCGCCAUACCAAGGGCCAUGCACUUUGCAGUUGCGGGACCCAGAACAACAGAUGGAACUUAAUCGAGAAUCUGUCAGAGCACCACCAAACAGAACCAUUUUUGACAGUGAUUUAAUAGAUAUUUCUAUGUACAAUGGGGGCCCUUGCCCGCCAAGCAGCAACUCGGGUAUUAGUGCAACCAACUCUAGUAGCAAUUGCAGAAUGGAAGGUCCACCACCAACUUACAAUGAGGUCAUGGGACAUUACCCAGGCUCAUCUUAUUUCCACCACCAGCAAACAAAUACCUCUCCUUCAUGCCAGAGAGGUAGUAGACUUCAGUUCCAACAAAACAAUUCAGAGAGCACAAUAGUCCCUGUCAAUGGGAAAGACAGGCAGCCAGGGAACCUUGUUUGAAUCCGUCUAAUGUGCACUUAACCUGACAUAAAGGAAGGAGUCAUCACAGCAGCCUGGUGACCUCCUUAGCUCCGGUACACAGUGUUGUUAAGUUUCAAGUGGUAAAGUUUUGUUAAACCAAAUGCACGUUAUUGUAUACGCACUCUGAUUCCAUUCAGAUGAACGUAUGCAAUUUGGUAUAAGUACACAAACUUCCUUUCUUUUUAACUCUAGUUGAAUAUGAAAGUUUUUUUCAUGCUAUACUUUUUCAGUUAUUUCAAUCUAUAAAGAAAACAACUCACAGAACACAAGCUUGCAGUCCAUUAUAUGUAUUUAAAAAUGUAAUUGGCAAAGAGAGUAAAUAAGUAUUAAUUUGUAGCAGUGGAGUAUUAAGGAGUCAGUGGCCAGUUAUAUUUUUUCUGUUAAUAUCUGGGACAUUUUAAUGUUUUAUGAAUCCAUAUUCCCUUGGGUGUGUCAAGGUAUACAGUGAAUGAAGUGGAUACAUGCAAAAUAUUUAUUUUAUAGAUGGUAAACCUGAUUGAACGAGAGCUGCAGAAACUGAAUGUAUAAAAUAUAAAUUAGAUAACUGCAUUACCAAAGCUGAUUUUAUGCCAGCAGUGGGCAAGUGUUGGCCCUGAAGCCGUUUGUUACCCUUAGAAGUUUUUCUUGAAGCCCUCACCCUUUCCUAUGAAGCUGGAAAGAAUGUCCAUUUUUUACACCUCAAGCAGAUCUAUUUCAGACCUACAAAACAUCUGCACUCUCUCACAACAACCCUUUACCUUCUUUCACCACUCUCUCCAUUUAAAUAACUGCAGGGCCAGGAUGAAUAAAGAAGUAGCCCUUAAAAAAUUUGAAGACCAGCCCUAUUUUACGUUGAGUCUGUAGAAUGCACACACACCAUUUAUCUAAAGGGGAUUACUGUGAUGCUUAUCCCCCUAUAUUUUAUAUUCAGAUUUAAAUUAUAUUAGUUUGUCAUUUUAAAAAAUGCCAGAUUUUUCUUAUAUAGGCACCAAACAACCUAUUUUCAAGUGUGACUCUUUUUCACAGUUUGAAAAUGAUUAUCCAUAGUGUGAUCUGGAGAAGACACUCAAAACAAUGUGUCACUCUGUCUCACAGUAUAACUUGACUGGAAACCAUUCAAAAGAGGGCUACUAAAAUGGCAUGUGGUCUAAGAAAUAAAACUUACAAGGAAAUACUUUGUGACCUUAAUAUGUAUAGCUCAGGUGAGAAAAGAAUAGAGGUGAACAGCUGCAUCGCCUCACAGGCAGCACCACCCUAUUAAAUUGUAGCUGGCCAGCUCCCGGUGACCUGGUAGGCCAAGCCAGUCUUUUAUAUAAGUUAUCCACAUACAUUGCAGCUCAAUUGAUGGCCUGUGUGCCUUGUGUGUUGCUCUUUGGAUGAUCACUGGUUCCUAAACACUGGUAUAUAUACUUUUUAAAUCUUUAAGUCAAUGUAACCAACUGGAUAUACGAGAUGCCCAGUGUAAUCUCCCUAUCUAAAGCUCUGUGGAUUAUUUGUGGAGACAGGUUUCCUAUGCAUAAAACAACAUAUCAGAGUUAAUGUAUGCCAAGUCGUGUGAAGCAAAAUGAAGCCCCUAAAAUGAAGCCCCUAGUAUAUAUAAAAGUCUUGCACAUAAAGGUUCACGUUGUCAUGUUCAGACUCCUGAACCUGGCCAGUAUCAGGGUUUUGGUUGAAGUAGAACAAAUCCACUCAUUUCAUAUGGUUGAUGACAUUUCUUGUAUACAUUUUAGUCUCCUUACACUUGAUGUAGUUUUUAUUUAAUUCAGACAGUUUGAAUUGUAUUAUCAUAAUUUUUAGUUACAAAGAGAAAUUAAUUAUAAUUACAGCUAAAUAAAUAUAUAGCCAGUUUAUGCAUCAGGAUAUUAUCAUGCAGGAACCCAUUUUGCUAUGUUGGUACGCUGAGCAUGAAUGUGUCAAUUCACCCAACCUGUAGCCUCACAAAAAAAAUACAAUUUCAAUCAUACCACAUUUCAUUAUUAAAAGAAGUGCUGAGAUAAUUAAGUUUGAUUGGGCAAUGUAAAACCGUUACUAGACCAGACAAAGGUGUGAGGCUACCUAAAGGUUUACUGAUUACAGCUCCAGUAUAAUCAGUUGCUCCUAGGUUACCACAUGACAUUUUGAUAUCAAAAGUAAUUGUAGUGUUGCAUUCUAUAUCGCUCACUUCAUAUUUGUAACCUGAGAGGGCACAACGCUGUAUAUGUAUUUUAUGUGUAGUAUUAUACCAAGCUGGACAUGUACAAAGUUAAGAUGCCAGUUACAUUGUUCAAGAGACAGGAAGGAAGUACAGGGAAAUACCUUAUACCCUUAAAUUUUUUACGAGACAAAAAUAACAUUUUGAGACAUCUGUUACUUUGGUUAACAGUAAUUAAGUAAAAUUCCGUUUUUUUCUAUUUUUAGCCCUUUGCUUUUGAGUCUCAGAGAGAUUACUGCAGAUGCUUUAAGGCCCAUGACAGCCAGCUGCUGUUAAAUUGCAUUAAAGGACCCUAAAGCAAUGGUUUCUAGAGAGCUGAGCAAAUUCUUUGUCAGUUUCAGCUCAAUGAUUAUUGUAGAAUUAUCUAUGUUCCAUUAAUUUCAGUGUUUGUGUACAGUUUUCCUCAAAAGCAGUUGUAUUUUAGGAUUUCUGUUAAAAGAUACAAUGAUAAAUGGUAGCCUAGUCAAACCCUGUAAUCUUAUGUUAAUGUUCCCUACAGUAGGUUUUAAUCUUGAUAUUUGAUAUUCUGUUUAUUUGUUCUUUAUUUUUUAUAACUUAGAUGAUUUAGCUAAAGUUGAACCCCUCAUAGCUCCCAGUAAAAACUAUAAUUUAUGCUUACCUGAUAAAUUAAUUUAUUUCAUGGUGGUGAGAGUCCAUGAUCCAUUACUCCUGGGAAUUGCUCUUUCCUAUUACUAGGAGGAGGAAAAUAUUCCCAAACCCCAAGAGUUCUAUAAAACCCCUCCCACCUCACAGGUACCUCAAUUUAACGUAUAACCAAGCAAAAUGACGUAGGAAAAAGCAAUAAGAACAAUAAAUGGAGCAUUGAAAAAAGAUGUGAUUAAGAAAAAAGCAACACCAAAAACAUAGGGUGGGGUGUUGUGGGCUUUCACCACCAUGGAAAAAAAUAAUUUAUCAAGUAAGCAUAAAUUGUUUUCUUUAAUACAGGUGGUGAGAGUCCACAAUCCAUUACUCCUGGGAACUAAUAACCAAGCUGUUGAGUCCACAAGUAAUGAGACACAAAGUACCUGUGAGGUGGGAGGGGUUUUAUAAAGCUCUUGGGGUUUGGGAAUCUUUGCUUCCUCCUAGUGGUAGGGAUUAAUAAUUCCCAGAAGAGUAAUGGAUUGCGGACUCUUACCACCUGUAUGAAAGAAACAAAAGUAAAUGAAUUAAUAAAUACUUAAUCCAUGCUCCCCCAUCUCCCAGCCAUUAGAGUUACCAGUUGCUGCAGAUAUGCUGUUUUGAUGUUAAACAUUUUUUUUCUAGUUAUAGAAUUUUUAAAGAACUGUAGAUCACACGUGAAAUACAAACUGUUUAACAAGAGACACAUGGCUGAGUCUAUCUCCCCAUAUUGAGAGAAAAAUAUAUAUUUUGAAUGCACAUCAAAUGCCCAGUUUUUUUCAUACAUUAAAAUAAGAAAUGUUCUAUUUUACUGAAA